AUGGAACCCAGAAUCGGCGUCGGCGUCUUUGUCUUGAAUGCGGAGGGCAACUUUGUGUUAGGAAAGAGAAAGGGGAGCCAUGGAUCUGGUACAUGGGCUCUGCCUGGUGGGCAUCUCGAGUUCGGCGAGUCAUUCGAAACCUGUGCAGAGCGUGAAAUUCUGGAGGAGACUGGACUGCACAUUCGCAAUGUGAAGUUCCUGACAGCUACGAACACUAUAUUUGAAACCGAAGGGAAACAUUACGUCACUGUAUUCAUGAGCGCGAUUGUCAAAGACGAGUUAGCUCAGCCGCAGGUUCUUGAGCCAGAAAAGUGUAUGGCUUGGAAAUGGACAUCCUGGGAAGAGCUUCGUAUUGAGGGAGAGGCCCAGCUAAGGUCUGAUUCUAACCCCACGGAAGAGCCCCUGUUUUUGCCUCUGCUGAGCCUGAUUGAGCAACGGCCUGGUUUCCUUGUCUGA